GAACUGAGGACAACAACAGUGAAACCAGUGGAACCAGUGACACCAGUGGAACCAGUGACACCAGUGGAACUAGAUGAACUGAGGAGGGUCAUGGCUGCCAUGAAACCCUUCAGCCCAGAGGAGACCCAGAAGGUUCUCCAUCAUCUGCAGACGCCGGCGGUCUUCACCAGCAUGACGGGAGGCUGGCCGGCUCUCCUCUGGACCGCAGAGCGUCUGUCCAGCUGUCUGGGGGACAAACUGGUCCGAUUCAGACUCGGAAGAAAAGAGGAGACAAACACUCCUCUGUUUGAAACCCAGUGUUCCUACGUGGAGGCCCGACUGGAGCACUUCCUCAGCUGGACCCGGGACCAGACCGGGCCUCAUGUGGGUCCGUUCUGUGAGUACCCAAACUCAGAGUACUGGGCCUAUGCGGACUACAAGUACAUCGCCCUGCUGUUUCAAGAUCAGCCCUCCAUGUUUGAGGGUGUAAAGUGGUCAGAGUUUGGUUAUGAGGGCCGUGAUGGGAGAGAGAGCACCUUAUGGGUCGGCACCGGGGGGGCCAACACCCCGUGUCACCUGGACUCGUACGGCUGUAACCUGGUGCUGCAGGUACAAGGACGGAAGCGUUGGCACCUCUUUCCCCCCGAGGACACCGCUCACCUCUACCCGACCCGGAUCCCCUACGAGGAGUCCAGCGUCUUCAGUCAGGUCCAUGUGGUCCAACCGGACCUGAAAAGGUUCCCUGCUUUCAACGGAGCCAGAGCUCACGUCGUCACUCUGCAGCCUGGACAGGUGCUGUACGUCCCCAGACACUGGUGGCACUAUGUGGAGUCUCUGGAUCCCGUCACUGUCAGCGUCAACUCCUGGAUCGAGCUGGAAGCGGAUGACGUGGCGAGAGUCGGCGAGGCCGUGACCAAGACCGUGGUCUGCUCCCUGAAAGGUGAUGACGACACUGACGACUGGCUCAAUCCCACCGAGGAAGGCGUAGCGUCCCGUCAGGAGAACAUGCAGUGUUUGAACCUGGCUGUGAGAGCUUGUGCUCAACGACACAACAAACUGACCCGAGACCAGAGAGACGCCCGUCCAGUGAAACGGGACUCUGGAGGAGGAAUCAGGGGUUCUGCUCCCUUCAGGGUUCCCUUUGGACCACAUCUGAUCCCUGUGCGCUGUCAGACAGACGCAGUCUCACCGGAAACCACAAGCGAUCCGGUGCUCCACUCAUCAAGGGAUCGUGAGGUCGAAUCCCAAGAGGACCAAGCAGCACCGACAACCGAGCAGGAAGAAGAGGAACACAGCGACGGGUUAACUGGAUGUGGUUCACGUGGGUGUGCAGCUGAGCCGGAACACACCGCCAUAACCACUAAUGACCUGUUAGACUGCCUGCUGCACCCCGACGUCAUCGCCCGGGUCACCCAGCUCUUACUGGAAAGACAAACAGGAAGUCACAGACGCACGACAACGAACUCACUUUAAUAAUCAGCAACUUUAAACAACAUUUAAUGAGCACAAAGAUCAGGGUUUGACUGGAUCGGUCCGUCUGUUCUUUGCAGUUGAAGAUGUCUUGCUGCAGAGCUUCACCAUGACCUCCUGCCUCCCCCCGACAUUAACCCCGGAUGUGAGAAGUCACAGCUAAUCGUAACGUGAUGCAUAUCGAGCGGCUCCAACAUUUCCUGGUGUUUGUUGUCCUGCUCAUGCUAAUCCUGUUUGGUUCCCUCCAGAGUACGAAAACAUGGCCACUUGAAUUGGUUUAGUAUGCUAAUGAGAGCCUAAUUCAACAUGAAAUUGCUGAGAUGUGAGCAUUAGUUUGGUGCGUAAUGUCUCCGUGUCAUUUAGGGAUGGAACCUGUCAUUGAACGGCCACAGAGGGCAGAGCGUAACGAUGAUGAAAGACCUACGACAGAAAAGGACGCUGAACCAAGGACCAAUAAAUGAGAUCGUUGAUGAAUUUAAAGUCCCGCGUUUUGUUUUCCAGCGACAUGAACAGAAGUUUUGAAACCUGAUCGGAGAUGUUCACAGCUUUGACAUGAAAACAGGCUGAUUUCUUUCUCGUGGUAAAUACUUUACACAAGUAAAAAUAAAUUCCAUCAAGUAUUUUACUGUUGGUUUCGCGUGUUUAAGCACAUAAACAAUACUGCAGACUAUUUCUUGGAAGUCCUUAGAUUUGUUUUCCACCUACAAGCCAGUAACUCAGAUCUAUCUGGAGACUGAAACUUUGAUUUUUGUCAAAAUGAUUGUUGUGUGUUAGUUGGAGUAGUCACAGUUCUCCUUGAUGAUGGGAUGUGUUGAGGGAUGCUUUCACAUCAAAUCAAACCCAGAAGACGGGCGAUAAAGAGCAGAAUCACUGAGGCAGUGAGUCUUUAUAACAAUCCCUGCUUUCAACCACACUACCAAUCAAUAGCAAGACUCACAACAAAUGAAGGCUGAACAUGUUACAUGUGAUGCAUUAACCCUGGUGCAUCAGCAGGGACGCCUUUAGUUUUUUGUGUUAAUGGGUAUGUACUACAUUUUGGCAUGUCUGUGAGUUUUCUUUGAUUUAUUUUUUAUUUUGGGUAGUUCAUCGUCGGCUCCUGUAAUUAGUCUGUGAUAAACUGUGGAUCAUCAGACACUCAGACUCUGAGGGAGACAUUUCCCCAUUGUCACCCAUUAAAACCAUUACAGCAUAAAUGCAUGUAUUCUAUAUCAGGCUUUCUAUCUAGAGACAUGGCUCCAAAAUUACUUUUUACUUUUUUCUUUCAGAUUGA